AUGAGGUCCCCAGGCAGGCCCGGGACUCCUAGCGCCAUCGCAAACGGCGGAGGCGGCAAUGCCAGUGGUGCCCGGGCCACUGGUGUCGACGACGCCAUUGGCGCGCUCGACCGCGGCAGCCGCGUCUGGUACAGGCAGGAUGCGACCACCUGGAUCCUCGCUGAGCUGCGAGAGCCGCUGCCGGCCGCCGACUCCACAAUCGCGGCGGGCGCCGACGGGCGCGCUGGCAGCGCGGCUCUCGCCGCGCCCGCAGCGGUGGUCACGCUUCUGUCCGGCCCUAUGGCCGGCCGGGUGCUCGAGGGCGUCCCCGCGUCCAGCCUGCUGCCCGCAAACCCGGAUCUGCAGGCGGCGAUCCCGGACCUCACUCAGCUGUCAUUUUUGAACGAGCCCUCCAUCCUGGGCAACCUGCAGCUGCGGUACUCCGCCGAUCACAUCUACACCUGCGCGGGCCCGGUGCUGAUCGCGCUCAACCCCUGCAAGGAGCUGCCGCUGUACACACCAGAGAUCCAGCACGAAUACAGGGCGGUGGCGCACGAGUCGCUGCACGCGCUGCCGCCCCACGUGUACAUGGUGGCGGGCGCGGCCUACAGGGCCAUGGUGCGGGAGGGCGCCAGCCAGUCCAUCGUCAUCAACGGGGAGUCUGGGGCAGGCAAGACCGAGACCACCAAGCGUGCGAUGCGCUUCCUGGCAUCCCUGGCGGGCGGCCCGGGGCGCAUAGAGGAGCGCGUGCUGGAGACCAACCCGGUGCUGGAGGCCUUCGGCAACGCCAAGACGCUGCGCAACCACAACAGCAGCAGGCGCCUGGUGGAGAUCCACUUCAACGCGACACACCAGAUCUGCGGCGCCCGCAUCCGCACUUACCUCCUGGAGAAGAGCCGCGUGGCGCGCCGCCUGCCAGGGGAGCGCUCCUUCCACAUCUUCUACCAGCUGGUGCGCGGCGCUGACGAGGCGCUGAGGGCGGCGCUGCGGCUGCCGGCCCGCCCCCAGGAUUUCCAGUACCUGGCGCAGAGCGGCUGCCUGGACAUCGCUGGCGUCGACGAUGCCAAAGACUUUGGAGAGGUCAAGGCGGCGCUAGCCGACAUUGGAAUCUCGCCAGAUCACCAAAACGCGCUGUUUGCGCUGCUGUCCGGGGUGCUGUGGCUAGGCAACCUGGAGUUUGAGGCGGUGACUGAUGACAGCAGCCGCGUCGCAACAAGCUGCGACGGCAGCGGCGGUGCGCUGGAGGCGGCGGCGGAGAUGCUGGGGGUGGAAAAGGACGCGCUGGCUCACGCGCUCACGAACAAAAAGAUCCGCGCGCGCAACGAUCUAAUCGUGAAGCACCUGAAUGCUGACGAGGCGGCGGAGGCGCGCAAUGCGCUCGCCAAGGCCGUCUACGCAGGGGUGUUCAAAUGGGUCGUGUCCCGCAUCAACGAGUCCCUGGACACCGGUCGCCGCGGUACCGGUCAGUUCAUCGCCAUCCUGGACAUAUACGGCUUUGAGGCGUUCAACACCAAUAGCUUCGAGCAGCUGUGCAUCAACUACGCAAAUGAGGCGCUGCAGCAGCAGUUCACGCGCCACCUGUUCACCCUGGAGCAGGAGGAGUACAUGGCUGAGGGGGUCGACUGGACGAAGGUGGAGUGGACCGACAACAGCGCCUGCCUGGAAGCCAUUGACGCGAUGCCGCCCAGGGGCCUGGGUGUGCUCGCUGUGCUGGACAGCCAGUGCAAAUUCCCCAAGGCAAGGGCUCUGAUGGCCUCCGACGAAACGUUUGUCACCGCGCUGCGCGACGCCAUGGGCGCAAACGAGAUAUUUGCGACCGACCCCCGGCACCCGGACCAAUUCCUGCUGCGCCACUACGCCGGCCCCGUGGCCUACAGUGCCCCCGGCUUUUUGGACAAGAACAAGGACGCCCUGAACCCUGACCUCCUGGGGAUCGUCUCCGACAGCGACAGCUGGCUGCUCUCCAACAUCGGCGCCUCGCUGUCCGAGGUUGCCUCUGCUGACGGCGCCGCAAACCCCGGCGGGAACCUCGGCGGGGGCUCUGGCGCGAACGCAACCGUCAGCGGGCGGUUUGGGCGGCAGCUGCGGGAGCUGCUGGCGACGCUCGACGCUACCGGGCUGCACUUUGUGCGCUGCGUCAAGCCGAACGCCGCGCUGGCGGCGGGCGCGUUCUGCCCUGAGCUUGUGCUUGGGCAGCUGCGGUGCUGCGGCGUGCUGGAGGUCGCGCGGGCGGCGCUCAGGAUCCAGGCGGCCACACGCAUGCGCUCCGCGCGCGACGCCUUCCUCCGCGCGCGCGCCGCCGCCGCCACGCUCCAGUCCGGCUGGCGCGCCCGCGGCACGCGUCUCGCGCACGCGCACGCGGUCCGCCAGCACCGCGCCGCCGCCCUGAUCCAGGCGUGCUGGCGCGGCGCCGCCGCGCGCGCGCUGCUGCGGCGCGCUCGCGCGGCCGCGACGACCAUCCAGGCCGCCGAGCGCCGCCGCGCGCUCCGAGCGCGCAUUGCGGCGCGGGAACGCGCGCGCGCGGCCGCGGACGCGUCCGCCGCGGCGGCGGCCGAGGAGGCGCGGCUGCGUGAGGCGUCGUUCGACGCGCUGCAGCGGCGCUACGGCGCCGCGUCCCUGGAAGACGUGGGGGCGGCGCUCGCGUGCUGGGGCAGCCUGCGGGACGAGGCAGGCGCGCGGCGGGACCCUGCUGACAUCAGCGCGGCUCUCUCCUUGUACAGCGCCCUCCAGAGCCUCGAGGCCGGCGCCCGCGGCGACUGCCAGGCGGGCCUGCCGGCGUCGUGGGGCCCGGGCGGCGCGCGCGACGCGGCUGCGGUGGCGGCGGCGCUGCGGCUGGCGGGCGCCGCGCGAGCGAGGGGGCUGGCUGACGAGGCGGCGCUGGCGGAGGCGCUCGAUAUCGCCGAGGCGGCGCGUCAUGCACUGGGGCCGGACGGCUCCGACGCGGCGCAGGUGCGCGCGCUGCUGCGCGAGUUUGCGGCGACGCCUCGGGGGUCGCCGCGCGUGGGGCAUAAGCUAGGCGCGGACGGAGCCGGCAGCCGUCCGCCAGGGGUCGCCAAGGCGCCGGCAGGCGACGAAGCGGACCGGCUGGAUGCGGCGGCGGCGGCGGCGGCGGCAGGCGGCUGCACUGUGCACCAGGUGGAAGCGGCAUCAUUGCAGCAGGGGCAGAGGCAGACUAGCGACGAGCGGCAGCAGGAGUGGCAGCAAGAGCGGCAGCAGGGUGGGUACGUGAGCGGCGAGGAGGUCGAGGCGCUGCGGCGGCAGCUGGAGCGGGAGCGCGCCGCCAAGCGUCUGUACGCGCAGCGGCUGGAGCAGCAGGCGGUCGAGUGGAUUGACCAGGUGCGCUGCCUCCAGGGCUACAUCGAUCACCUCAAGACCAACAUGCAGCCGCUGCAGCACCACAACAACCACCACAACCACUAUUACCAUCAUCAGCAUGAGCAGCAGCACGAGCAGCAGUAUGAGCAGCAGCAGCAGGAGGAGGAGGAGCAGCAGCAGCAGCAGCUGUGGCGGCUGUCUGCCGCCGGCAGCGGCGGCGGCGACAGUGUCACCAGCCCGCACACGCCGCUCGUCGUCGCGCGCACGGCGAGCAGCGCCCCGCCAGACCGCGAUGAGCUUGCCUGCGGCUACGCGGCCGCCGCGGAGGCCGCCGCGCGCCGCCAGCUGCAGCAGCAGGAGCAGCAGCAUGAGCAGCAGCUGGGCGCGCUUUCCCCGCGCGCGCACGGCGUCUCGCUCCGCGAGGCGGCCGCGGUGGCGGUGGCGGACCACAACGCGCAGCUCAUGGCAGAGGUGUCGGCUGCCCGCGCGGAAGCUGCCGCCGCGGCAGCCGGGGCGGCCCCUGCGGGCGCGGGGCGCCUCCUGGCGGCGGACCGCCUCCGCGGGGCGGACCUGGGGGCGCUGCGCAGCGGGCUGCAGCCGCAGAAGGGCAAGGGGGGCCUCAUGGGCCGCCUGCGCAACGCGGCGGGGCGGGCGCCGCUGGCGCCCGGGCAGAUCAACCUGAGCACCAUGCCAGACCUGGCGGCCCCUGGAUUGCUGGACGAAUUUGGGGCGCAGCGGUCGGGCGGCGGCGUUGGCGGCGGCAGCGGGGGCGGGAAGAAGAAGCUCGGAGGGUUUUUGUUCGGGAACCGCGCGUGA